AUGGCUCUAAGUGGCAACUGCAGGACUUACCUUCCUUCUCGAGAGCAGGGGACUGGGCUGCACUCCUUCCCGGAGGUAGUGGAGCUAAACGUGGGCGGCCAGGUUUACUUCACUCGCCACUCCACCUUGGUUGGUACCCCUCACUCCCUGCUGUGGAAAAUGUUCACCCCAAAGAGAGAGACAGCCAACGAUCUGGCCAAGGACUCCAAGGGAAGAUUCUUCAUCGACAGAGAUGGUUUCCUCUUCCGCUAUAUUCUGGACUAUCUCAGGGACAAGCAAGUGGUUCUGCCUGACCACUUCCCAGAGAAGGGAAGGCUCAAGAGGGAGGCUGAGUACUUCCAGCUCCCGGACUUGGUCAAACUCCUGACUCCUGAUGACAACAAGCAAAGCCCCGAUGAUUAUUGCCACAGUGACUAUGAAGAGGUCUCCCAAGGCAGUGACACGAGAAUAUGCCCACCCUCAUCGCUCUUACCGCCUGAUCGGAAGUGGGGAUUCAUUACCAUCGGGUACCGGGGGUCGUGCACUAUUGGCAGGGAGAGCCAAGCAGAUGCCAAAUUCAGGAGAGUCCCAAGGAUUUUGGUUUGUGGAAGGAUUGCUCUGGUCAAAGAGGUCUUUGGAGAAAGUCUGAAUGAAAGCAGAGACCCAGACAGGGCUCCAGAAAGGUACACCUCCAGGUUUUAUCUCAAGUUCAAGCACCUAGAGAGGGCUUUCGACAUGUUGUCCGAGUGUGGAUUCCACAUGGUGGCCUGUAACUCCUCGGUGACGGCUUCCUUUGUCAACCAGUACACAGACGACAAGGUCUGGUCCAGCUACACUGAAUAUGUCUUCUACCGUGAGCCUUCCCGGUGGUCCUCGUCCCACUGCGACUGCUGCUGCAAGAACGGCAAAGGCGACAAGGAGGGAGAGAGCGGCACGUCGUGCAACGAGCUGUCGACGUCGAGCUGCGACAGUCAGUCGGAGGCCAGCUCUCCCCAGGAGACCGUCAUCUGCGGCCCCGUCACCCGCCAGCCCAACAUACAGACUCUGGACCGGCCGGCCAAGAAGGGGCCGGUGCAGCUGCUGCAGCAGUCCGAGAUCCGGAGGAAGAGCGACCUGCUCCGGACUCUCACCUCCGGCUCCCGAGAGUCCAACUCCAGCAAGAAAAAAGCGGUGAAGGAGAAGCUCUCCAUUGAGGAGGAGCUAGAAAAAUGUAUCCAGGAUUUCCUCAAAAUCAAAAUCCCAGACAGGUUUCCGGAAAGGAAACAUCCCUGGCAAUCCGAACUGCUGCGGAAGUACCACCUAUAG